CUACUCUCAGAAUGUGAUUACAGGUUUUCAGGCAAAAAAGAGUAUGAACCUGGAAAUCAAGACCCUGAAGGACUCUUUGGAGAAGGUCAAUACCACCUACAAUGUCCUGAGACAGCAGCAUGAGAUUCUCAUGAAGAGAGACUCCCUAACCUGGAAAAUUUACAGUGGGAAUCUCUACUACUUCUCCUAUGAUAUCAAGUCCUGGGAGGAAGCUGAAAAAUUCUGUGUAUCCCAGAAUUCCCACCUGGCAUCUGUGACUUCUGUGGGAGAACAGGAAUUUCUUUACAAGACAUUGAAGGGAGAGAGACAUUGGAUUGGGCUCAAUGACAGACACACAGAAGACACCUGGACCUGGGAGGAUGGGACUAUUUAUGAUGCAGUCCAGAGCAAAGGGUUCUGGAUACCAGGACAACCCACCAAUUACCAGGGGAAAGAAGACUGUGUAGAGAUAAAGAUAGAGUCUCUUGCUUCCUGGAAUGAUGAGAAUUGUGAAUUAAAAUACAAAUUCAUCUGUAAGAGUCCCCUUGGGCCAUAAAACCUGGACUUCUAGGAGGGGUAUCUGAAACAGAGCUCUGAGGACCCCAGUUCUGCACCUAGAACCUCUUCCGAGUUCCAGCCUCAUCAGGCACUCCCAUGCUUUCACCCUAUGACACUGCUGUCAGUCAGCCUUUGGGAGCCGCAGGGAUUUCAAAGCUUGGAACAUGACUCAGAUCCAGGAGGACUUUUGCCCCCAAUCCAUCCAUUCUCAGUCCUCUGACCUCCCACCCUUAGUCAUAAACUCAAUGUCAGAGUUGUAAAAGACUUCAAAGAUCAAGUCCAAGCCAGUAGGAUACUCCUCUACAAAACUCCCUUAUCAUCUCCAUCUCAUAGAAUCCCUAGCGUGCUUCAGAGUACAGCUAACUCCUUGAGACCUUUCCUGAUCCCCCAAUUGCUAACACUCUCUUCCUCUUGAAAGUACUUUGAAUUACUUCGCAUACACUUUUUACUUAUUUUUUACAUGUUGUAUCUCCCCAUUUGAACAUAAGCUCCCAAUACUCAAAAGGCUAUGAAGUUGUGCAAUCCAGAAACACCACUGCUAGGUCUAUAUCCAAAUGAGAUUUUUUUAAAGGGAGGAAAGGAUCUAUUUGUACAAAAAUAUUUAUA